AACAAUCUGCCAUCUGAGCCACACGGGAUAUUUUCUGUCUCUUUCUUUCCUCCAAAAAACAUAUUUCAAGAUGGGUAUCCUCGAAAAAAUAGGCGAGAUUGAAAAGGAAAUCGCUCGUACGCAGAAGAAUAAAGCCACGGAGUACCAUCUGGGUGUCCUAAAGGCAAAGUUAGCCAAGUACAGGACACAACUUCUAGAGCCUCAGGGGAAGAAGGGAGAAAAGGGAGAAGGCUUCGAUGUUAUGAAAAGUGGUGAUGCACGUGUAGCGCUUAUCGGUUUCCCUUCUGUGGGCAAGUCCACACUGCUGAGCACCCUCACCAACACUCAAAGUGCAGCUGCGUCAUACGAGUUCACGACGCUAACUUGCAUCCCAGGAGUCAUUGAUUACAAGGGUGCCAACAUCCAAUUGCUUGAUCUUCCAGGUAUCAUUGAAGGAGCCUCACAGGGCAAGGGUCGAGGCAGACAGGUCAUUGCAGUAGCUCGCACUGCUGAUCUUGUUAUCAUGAUGGUGGAUGCUACUAAAGCUGCGAAUCAAAAAGAACUCUUGACUGCUGAAUUGGAGUCUGUCGGCAUUAGGCUCAACAAGAAAAAACCUGGAAUCUAUUUCAAACAAAAGAAAGCGGGUGGCCUGAAAUUCAACGCCACGUGCGCGCUCACAAGGAUUGAUGAGAAGAUGGUGCAGAUGAUUCUACAUGAAUACAAGAUUUUCAAUGCUGAGGUUAUAUUCAGGGAAGAUUGUGGGGCCGAUGACUUGAUUGAUGUGAUAUCUGCCAACCGUGUUUACAUGCCGUGCCUCUAUGUCUAUAACAAGAUCGAUCAAGUGUCCAUUGAAGAAGUUGAUAGAAUUGCUCACAUGCCCAAUACUGUGGUGGUUAGUUGCAACAUGAAAUUGAACCUUGACUACCUGCUUGACCGUACGUGGGAGGCUCUCUCCCUUCUGCGCAUCUAUACCAAGAAGCCUGGAAGAGGACCAGACUUCUCUGACCCCAUCAUCCUACGAGGAGGAGCUUCAGUGGAGCACGUAUGCCACUCUAUCCAUCGGUCUAUUGUAGCUGUCUUCAAAUAUGCUCUUGUUUGGGGGAGGAGUACAAAGUUUAGUCCCCAGCGUGUUGGUAUACAUCACAUUAUGACUGAUGAAGAUGUUAUUCAGAUUGUUACCAAGAAAUAGACAAGUUGCCAUUAGAAUCUGUUAUAACCAUUUAUUGUUAAGGAUAUCAUGUAUGUUACAUAUUUUGGCAGUUCUAAAAUGUUUUGAUCUUUAAUAAAGAAAAAAAAAAAGGUAAUUGGAAUAUCAAUUAUUUGUCAUGAUUUUUUUUUAUUUUUUUAUUUAUUUAUUAUUUUUUUUAAUUUAUACAUUUUAUUACCUUUUCUAGAUUUGUUUUAUUAUAAUUAUCACUAUUUUUGUUUCCUUGUGAUGAAAUCCAUCAGGAAAUCAUGUUAAGAAACAAUAUGAAGCAUUGGUUGUUACAUGCUUCAUUGUCAUCAUCACCCUCAUCAUCAUAUCAUCUUAAUCAUUUGUGACAAUUACAAUACAUGGUUCCCACAAGGAAAAAUGUAUCAGUUCACUGUUAUUAAAUCCAAUCAGCAGUUUGCAAAACAAAAACAAAAUAAAACAACAAAAAAAAGUAAUUAACGCACAGGAUAAUCUUGGCUUCUUGUAUUCAUUAUUUUUCUAAAGAAAAUUAAAUAAGAAUUAGGGAAGGAAUAGUGAUACACAACAGCUUUACAGGGUUGAGUUUGUAAACAUAUGCUGCAGGCAAGUUAUGUGGGUCUUUUAGUUCCUGAGAGAGAUCGUGGGUUUUUCCUCAUAGUGAGACUAAUGGAAGCAGCUCCAAAGAAGGGUGCAAGGAAAUCUAAUAGUCAAGUUUCUUUCCUUCCUCACUAUUUAAGAGUGUGUCUAAAUCUCAGUGUCUUGUUUUUGUAUACAAAUUUUAUAUCCUCUUUUCAUGUGCAGAAAAAGUAAGAAAGGAAUUUUGUCAUAUCAUUGAUGAAAUAGGAGUUUUAUCUGUGAUAGGGAAGAAUUACUGAUUAAAAAAAAAAAAAAAAAAUCACUAGCAUGCUGAUACUUAAUCUAACAAAGAAAAUGAGACUGCCAUUUUCCGUGAUGUUUGAUUAAAGUUAUUAGAGUUAGUGCAUGCAGAAAAACAUAAAAGACUAUUGCUCAUUAACCUGUUGUUGCUGGGGAUGGUAUGUAUGAACAUCUCAUGUCCAGUGUGAUUUUAGUUGAUACUUAGUCACCAGUUAGUCAAUUACUAGUCCUAUCUAUUUUGCCUGUUUAUCCUUUUCCUUGAAUUUUGCAUUUUUUUAUUAGUUAAUAAUCAUGUUAAUAAUAUUAAAUUAAUAAUUAUGACAGUAAUAACAAUAACAUUGUCAAUAUUAACACCAAUAUAAAACAUUUUUACCAAACCUCAAGAAAAGGAGAAAUUGUGUUAUGUUAUGUAGGCCUACUGAUUGACCCUUUGGUGUCUGAGCAUUUGUGAAACCAUCAAUGUAUAAAGGCAUUUUGCAAAACAAAGCUACAAUGGAUAUUACAUGUUCCUGGUGGCAAUGGGUAAAAUAUAGAAGCUUAUUUUUAGACAAAUACAAAUACAAACAGGAAUGGCGAAUGACAAGAGCUGUUUUUCAUUUUAUUAAUGAGUUAACAGAUGAAUGAAUUCAUAAAUAAAUUACUGAUUGUCAUAAAUCGACACUGACAGCAACAGAAAGAUGAAUUAUGCAAAAGUAGGUAUACUUUCUUUUACCUACAUUCAAAGAACUUUUAUUAAUGUUGCUUCCACAUAGGAAAAGACAGUGGAUGAAGUCAUCUAUGGAUGACUUCAAGAAGUCAGUGAUUCUGUUGUAUUGAAACCUAAACAGUUCUCUAAACAGCCAAGGGAAAAGGUUUUCAUAACAAGCAAAGGAGUUCUUUUCAUGUUAAAUAGCAGAAGUUCCCCAGAACUCUUUGAGGAAAAAUGCUUACUUAAAAGAUAGGUGUUCUUGGUUCAGGUCAUUUACUGCCCCCCAAGUAAAUGAUGCCUGUGUAAAGUUUUAUAUUCCUUCACUAUAUUAUCUUGCUUGAGAACUGCCACACAUGAAAAGUUUUGGAACUCAAAAAUUAUUAUCUAUAUGCAUGACCAUUAUGUUUUCAUAUUUAUUAAUUAUUGUGACUGAAAUAGUUUUCUAUGGAAUGGAAACUACACAAUAAAGAAGUUCUUUCUU